UAGUAGACUCGAGCACAGGCACAGUCAACAUUGUCAACAUCAUCAUGGUGAACACGCGAUGCCAACACAAGUUGACAACAACAGUUCACAUGUUGAAAAUUCAGUGACAGAGUACAUUUAGAGCCAGAUUUUAAUCUAGAACGUCUAUAUAAGUCUGAUAUAAAAGAAUUCUAGAUCUAGUCUAGAUUCUAUAACUGGCUAAUUUAGAUUAACUUUGAAAAGCAUUAACUACAGCAAAGGAUCUUACAAUUUUACUGCAGUUCAAGAAGCAGUUACAAUGAUCUCCUUAUAUGACUUGGUGAUGAAUACAUCUAGAAAUAUAGUUGAAGCCACUGCAGUGCAUUUGUUUGUUGUGGUGAAAGAUCGAGAAAAAUAUGUCAACUGUGAUACAGCAACAACAAAUUUAUUGUGUAAAUACUGUCAAAAUAUGUUGCUGAAUACAUGUGUUAGUCCUAGUUUAACUCUAAAAUUUUCAAAGUCAAGACUGAGUGAAUUAUAUGGAAUCAGUCAUGUUAUAAUACAAGACUGCGAAACUUCUUCAGGGGAUCAUUUGAAUGCGUUAGUGACUUACCAAACAUUUUUUACAAUUAAAAAGAUACAAAGUGAAGACUUUUAUGAUUUAACUCUCAAUCCUAGACACAUUUCACUUGGUGGCAUCGACCCAAUUAUUGAAAAAUUAUGCAGCAUUAUGCAAUGGAAUAAGUGCCACAAAUCAUUACCUCAUAGAACUGUAGGAGUAUUGUUGCAUGGCCCUUCUGGUUGUGGAAAGAGUUCUCUUGGAAAAUUCCUUGCUCAAAAAUGUGAAGCUGCCUUCAUCAAUAUAGAGGGAUCUGAAAUUUUACUAAGUGAUGAUGGAUCUGGUUCUGCAGCACUGAGCAAGAUUUUUAGCAGGGCAUAUUUACUUUCUAAAGAAGGCUCUGUUAUAAUAUUUCUAGAUGAAUUAGAUAUGCUGUGUCCUGCAGAAACAAAUGCAAGUGUUGGAAGCAAACAGAUAACCAAUGCCCUUAUCACAGAAAUGGAUAAUUUGUUUGACCAAAAUAUUUCAGGAGUGCUAGUCAUUGGAACAACAUCAGCUAUUUCAAAUAUCAAUUCUUUACUUCGGAGACCUGGUCGUUUUGAUCAAGAGGUAUUAAUAAAUGUUCCCACUAAAGAGCAGAGAGCAUUAAUUCUAGAAGUAUUAUUCAACAGUAUGACUAUUCAAAGUGAUAUAAGUCUUUCAGAGAUAGCUUUAUGGACACCUGGCUAUGUUGGAUCUGAUUUAAAAGCUUUGUGUGAAGAAGCUCUUUGUCAUUCGUCAAGAAGUCAUAAGACAGCCUUAGACAGAGCAGAUUUCUUGUAUGCCUUACACAGAGUUGUUCCUUCAUUAAGGAAAAGUACUAAUUGCUGCCUAGAUAUUCAGCAAGUGAGCUGGGAAGAGAUAGGUGGAUUAGAGGAAGUCAAAUGUGAAAUUAGACAGUCCAUAGAAUGGCCUUUCUUAUACCCAGAAGUUUUAAAGAGUAUGGACUUAUCAGCUACAAAAGGUGUUCUGUUAUAUGGAGCCCCAGGAUGCUGUAAGACAACUCUUGUACGAGCUGCUGCCACUUCCUGCCAUGUGAAUUUUAUUAGUUUAAAUGGAGCACAGAUUUACUCGCCUUAUGUCGGCGAGUCAGAACGAAUUAUAUCUGAGACAUUUCAGAAAGCCAGAGCUUUGUCACCUUGCAUUUUAUUCUUUGAUGAAAUAGAAUCUCUAGUUGGCAAGAGAACAUCAGCUGGCAAGCAAUCUCGUGUCCAAGAACGCAUUUUAUCAACAAUGCUGAAUGAAAUGGAUGGCAUUGGUGUCAGACUUGAUCAAAAAGUAAAAGUUACUAAUGAUUCAAAUAACAUUGAUGAAUCACAAGCGAUGAAAGGGUUUGCAGAAGCACCUUUUGAGAACAACUCACUCAAAUCUUGUAAUUCAUCUGCAGUUAUUGUGAUAGGAGCUACAAACAGGCCAGACAUGAUAGAUUCUGCCAUACUUCGACCUGGUCGAAUGGAUAAACUUGUUUAUGUACCUCCACCUGAUGAGCAGAGUCGCAGAUCUAUUCUGGAGUUAAUAAUUUCCAGCAUGGCUACUAAGGAUAUUGAUAUCACUGAGCUAAGCAGAAAAACAGAAUAUUACUCUGGAGCAGAUUUGAAAAACCUUUGCAAAGAAGCUGGUCUUAUUUGUUUGCGUGAAAACUCAAAUGCUGCAUUAAUCUAUCAAGCUCAUUUUGUAAAAGCAUUGGAAGUUAUCAAACCAUCUCUUAAUGAAAGUAUUUUGCAACAAUACAACAGACUUACAAUAAAAUAAUUUUUGGUUUUGGCAAAUGUG